GGAAUUUGGAGCGGCUACUGGGCAGAUCUAAUCUUGUUGUGUGCGGCUGGGAGAUGACGUCACAGCAUAAAUGCUGAGAAGUGACGGAGAUGUGAGGCCUGGUGUAGAGGAUAAAUCAUGAAGAGAAAAUGGCUAGAAAAACUGAAAAAGGUUGAGGAGCUGGAAUCUCAAUAUAAACGGCAUCCAAUUAGUUCAGUCUACAAACCCAAACUGUCUAGACCAUGGCAGCCUUCUUCAGUCUGGAGGCUUUUUCCUCGCCAAGCUGCAGCUUUUCAGUUUAGCAAAACCUGUAAGGAGGGUGUUCAUGUUUUUGCAUUGGAAACUGUUCUUGAUGAUACAGAAAGAAGGCUUUAUCUGGUGACAACCUACGCAGAGUUUUGGUUUUAUUACAUGAAACGGCCUCUGUCCUUGGCUCACUGUUAUGAAGUCAUUCCUGCUGACACAGUUUGCAAACUCUAUUUUGAUUUAGAGUACUAUAAACCAGCAAAUCCAGGAGCAGAUGGCAAAAAAAUGGUUGCUCUAGUGAUUGAGUUUUUCUGUAAAAAGCUAGAAGAUUGCUUUGGUGUUAAGUGCUCUGCAGAUUAUAUAUUAAACCUGGAUUCCAGCACUGAGGAAAAGUUCAGUCGUCACUUAAUAUUUUUAUUACCUAACGCAGGCUUUAAGGAUAAUAUACAUGUCGGCAACUUUAUCAAGUCUGCUUUACAACCUCUAUUGUCUCUGAAAGGAUGCACGCUCACUGCCAAAGCCUCUAUGUGUGAAAGGUCCAUAAAUUAUUUUAAUGAACAUUGUGGAAACGAUGAGAAAAGUCCUCCGGAAGCAUCUCCUGAAUUGCCUUACACUGCUCACCGGGAAACCUCUGACCUGUCACCUCUACUUGUGCAAGAUAAAAAUGGUGGAAUACAGCUGUUUAUUGAUCUGGGUGUGUACACAAAAAACAGAAAUUUUCGUCUGUACAAAUCCUCCAAACUGGGGAAAAAUGUCACUUUUGAAGUAGCUGAAGACAACAGAUUUGCAGUGAAGCCUUUAAAGCACGUGUCUGAAGAGGAGCAGAUAUUUCUUUGCUCACUUAUCAGCAAUAUAAGAUUUACAGAUUCUUUAAAAGUUUUAACAUGUGAAAGCACAGAAAAUGAGAGGAAUGGAACAUCACCCCUCAGCGCUGCACCAUCUGUUAUCACAGGCUGCACAAUGAAGGGAUAUCAGUUUUCACCGUAUCCAGAAAUUGAUUGUUUCAUUCUGUCUCUUUUGACAAGGGAAGGCUUUCAUGGAGGUAUUCGACAGUGGAACUAUUUUUCCACAGAGGAAUUGCUGGUUUACGAUACUGUAAAUUAUCGCUGGUGUGAGAACGUAGGCCGAGCUCACAGAAGUAAUAAUGUCAUGUUACUAGUAGACUUGAAGAGAGAAAUGUGGUAUCAAAAAUGCCAUGAUCCAGUCUGCAGAGCACAAAACUUUAAGUCGCAGUUUUAUCCUCUGCCUCCUGAAGUGUGUCUUCCAUUUAUAUUUAAAGAGGACGGUGAAGAAUGUUCGCUUGCUAUGGACGAAAAUGGUAACAUUAGGGACAUCAAACAAAAUGUCCUUACUGAGGAACUGGCUGUAGGCAAAUCCAUGGAAACCCAAUCAGAGGAAGACAUAACAAUUUUUGAUACGUCUUGGGAAUGUUGCAUUGAUGAUGCCUCCAUUGUAGAAGCAGCAGAAGACGCGGAACUAGUGGAUGCGGCAGAGCUUAGUCUGGUAGACUGGAGUGUGGAGGAGACCGAUAUACCAGAUGAACUGUUACUACAAGUGGUCGAUGCACAUCACACAUCUGUGGAAACUUGACUAACUAUUUGGGCGAUACAAAGGUGGAUCUAAAGAUUGUAAAAACACAUUUUGAUAUUUGCAAAAGAGAUGCUAAAAUAGAAGUGCAAUUUUAAGCUGAAAUUUUUACAUGCUUUUAUAAAUGUAUCUUAAAAGUCUGUCUUGU